AAGAAUAAGGUGUAAAAAGGUUCAGUAAGACUAGGUGAUCUUUUAAGAUUCCUUAAAGAUUUAAUUAGUCACCCCCCCUUUUGUGGGUGACUAAAGCAAACAAAACAAAAUUGUAUUUCUAUUACAGUGUUUCAGCAGGCUUUUCAAAUUGAUGGCUUGUGCUCCUUGCUUUGUUAUCUCAGAUUAAAUUAUUCCUCUGCUACUUUCUGAGGGGUUUAAAGAUUAAAAUCAGCCUAAAGUGCUCUCAGUCAAACAUCAGGCACUCUUCUAUAAAAAUAGACAUGAGAAAUUAGGUCUCUUAUCCCCAAUUUAUCUAUUGCAUUCACUCCAAACAUUUAAAUAGCACAUAUACCCUUGCAUUUAUUCAAUAUUAACCUCUUUCUUUCACCUCUUUCACUCAUUUUUCAUGCAUGCUUUAUCUUCAAAACAGAAACAAAAGCUGCUGCUGCUUUCUGUAGCCUUCACCUCGCAUGUGACCAACCCCCGCUGUUUGCCGACAUGGUAUUUCCCGAGAACAAGCAGUCGCCUCCCCUCCCUAAGUCAGAAUUGUCUCCACUCCAAGAAAAUACACAGUACCUUCCAGUCGAGUAAAGAAACUUUAGUCACAUUCUUUCAGCUGGACGCCCACAGAUACAGCUAGAUUUGAAAAAAGGGGUCAGGUUUUCUUGACUGGAGGUUGUUUGUGUGGAAAUUCAGGCUGACAAGUCAUGACGAGAAUACUUCUGAAUUCCUGGGAGAUCCUGUGAAACCUCCUCCCCUCCUUUUUCCAAUGUUUCAGUGGUUGGGGCCAUGGCCUCUCAGUCAGGCAACAUGAACCGUGAAGACCGGAAUGUGCUCCGAAUGAAAGAACGAGAAAGGCGAAAUCAAGAAAUCCAGCAGGGAGGAGGAGAGGCCUUCCCAGCAAAUUCCCCUCUCUUCCCCGAACCCUACAAAGUGGUGAGCAAGGAAGAUAAACUGUCCAGCCGUAUCCAGAGCAUGCUGGGCAACUACGACGAAAUGAAAGAGCCAAUUGGUGACACCAUUCCAAAACUUAAUAGUAAACCAUCCAACAGCUCGUCUUCCUCUGAGGAGAAGUCGGGUCCACCUUUGUUUGGUGGGGACCAGCGGUGUGGCGGCAGCAGCCAGAGCAGUAAGUGGACCCCUGUUGGCCCCGCAGCGGGCGGAUCUUCAUCCCAGUCCCAGAAACGCUCAGGACUCCAGGGCGGGCACAGCAGCCAGAGGAGCAACGGAGGUGGUAGCGGCAGCAGCAACAGUAGCCAGAGAGGAGAGGUGCGGGAAAAAAAGUCAAGUAAACACAGCGGAGGGUCCGAUCACUCGAAGUCACACACGUCAAGUCCGGCAAAGGGCUCUCUAAGUUCCUCCAGUAGUCACUCGCGGAGCUCUUUGUCUGCUGAGCAGCAUCACAACAAGGACCGCUACCGCUCAAAGUCACCGCGAGACAGAGAGGCCAACUGGGACUCACCUUCACGGGUUCACACGUCCUUCCCCAGUGGACAGCACUCAAGUCAGGCCUUUCCCCCAUCUCUCAUGUCCAAGCCCAGCACAAUGCUGCAAAAACCAACAGCCUACGUGCGGCCUAUGGAUGGCCAGGAAACAGCAGAACCUAAGAGUUCACAAGCGGAAAGCUACACUGGACAGUCGCAUAGCAGCACUGUGGGAGAGAUGAAGUCCAAGCUUGCCAAACUUAAGAUCCCUUCCCAACCUGUAGAGGGAUCCGGUGAUGCCAACUGUGUCGACGAAAUUCUGAAGGAAAUGACUCAGUCGUGGCCCCCUCCUUUGACAGCCAUCCACACUCCCUGUAAAACAGAGCCCUCCAAGUUUCCAUUCCCCACCAAGGAUACUCAUCCUUUUCCAAGUGGGCACAAGCGAGGCAGUUCAUCAAAGAGCUCGAGUAGCCACCAAGCCAAAGCUUGCGAUGACCAGCCCACUAGGUUGGAGGAAGACCUAAGGCUAAGCAGCAGUGAGGACAGUGAUGGAGAACAGGACUCUGCCAAGAAUGCCUCAAGGAACACAUCAGCAAGCCAUUUUGUGUCUUACUCUUAUAUUUUGUUAGGAGUUCAAUCAGUGAGACUGUUUCCUAAUUCUGUGCUCCCCUCUGUGCCCCUUCAGCCUGAAAAACCCAUGGCAAACAAGUGGCAGUUGGACAACUGGUUCAAGAAAGCCAAGCAGUUCUCACCCUCAUCUCCAGUGGACAACAAUAACGUCCCACCCAAAUUCAAGAAAGAUGGCCGAGAUAACAGCUCAGGGCGCAGCUAUAGUAGCCAAGGAGGAGGGUCAAAAGAUUCAGCAGCACCCACCCCAAGCAGGGACCUGCGGGCAGCCCAGAAAGGUGCAGAAGGUGGCCGUGGCCGGCAAAAGUCACCCGCACAGAGCGAGGGUGGCACAAAUCCACGUAUUCGAGUGGGUAAAAAGCAGCCUAAAAAAUCAGAGAAGCCUCCUGUGGUAGAGGAACCAAAGGGAGGUCUGAGAGUGGAGAGUGAGCCGGCUCCAGAGAUACCUCCUCAUCAGCCCAAAGCUGCUACGAAGGGUUCACGCAAACCAAGCAAUAAAAAAGAACCCAAAUCCUCGCCGAGGCCCACUACUACUCCCUCCAGCACUGCAGCCCAGCGCAAGCCCAAGGCAGCAACCAAGACUUCUCAGAAAUCUCGUGAAUUUGUUGACACAGACUUUUCAUCAUCAGACUCCGAAGGAAACGACAGCAUCCCGUCCUCAUCCCAGACACCCAAGUACACAGAGAGUAUCAGGACACCCGUGUGCGUUUUUUCACCUGGGGAAGAGAGAGGGCUGCUGUCUCCUCUCAGUGACCCCGAGGACCGCUACCCUGCGAGACAGCCUCAGCAGCAAGUUUUAUUAGUCAAGAUAGAUCUCAGCUUGCUGUCCAGAAUCCCAGGGCGGCCCUACAAGGAACCUGCAGAGAUAAAAGUGGAGAGGGAAGACUCUCUCGACAGGGACAGCAAAGACUUCAGCAAACAGAGCUCUGAGAAAAGCUCGAGCAAGGCCAAGAGGAAACACAAGACUAACGAGGAAGGCACAAAGCCAGAGACCAAGCGAAUCAAGCUAGAGGAUAAAUCUACAUCCCAUCAUAAAAGCAGCAGUAAAGAUUCUAAAAGGUCUUCGGAAAAGAAAGAGGAGCCAGUCCCCUCUCCUUCCAUGCGGACAAUUAAGGCAGAGCAUCCCAGUCGAAAGCGGACAGUCAGCCAGUCCUCCACGUCAUUGUCCAGCGGGACAGGAAGUGGAAAAGAAGGGAGCCACAGCACCAAGGGCAGCUCCACCUCCAAACAUAGAAAAGGAGAGGAAAAAGGGCGCAGCACACGUGACGGCAAGGAGAAAUCCUCAAAGGGUUGCGAUAACCAGCUGGCUGUGCCCCCGCUCUCCACGGACGGCUCCAAGUCUCAGAGAUCCAAGCUGGUGUUUGAGGACAGGGUCCAUUCAGCAGAUCACUACUUACAGGAGGCCAAGAAACUUAAACACAAUGCAGAUGCACUGUUUGACCGUUUUGACAAGGCGGUUUUCUAUCUGGAUGCCGUGGUGUCUUUCAUUGAAUGUGGUAACGCGCUGGAGAAGAGCGCUCAAGAGGCAAAGUCUCCUUUCCCCAUGUAUGCUGAAACGGUGGAGCUUAUCAAAUACACUAUGAAGUUAAAAAGCUACAUGGCCCCAGAUGCUACUCCAGCAGACAAGAGGCUAGCUGUGCUGUGCCUGCGAUGCCAGUCUCUUCUCUACCUGCGGCUGUUCAAGUUGAGGAAAGACAGCGCUCUAAAAUACUCUAAAACACUCACCGAACACCUAAAGAACUCUUUGAGCAACACCCAAGCUCCCUCUCCUGGAAUGGGAAAUAAGACGGCAGGUAUGCCCUCUCCAGUAUCUCCCAAACUCUCACCGGGCACAGCGGGUGGCUACUCAGCAGUCAGCAGUACCAGCAGCACUAGCUCGUCUGUGACCAUACCUCAGCGGAUCCACCAGAUGGCUGCCAGUUAUGUCCAGGUCACCUCCAACUUCCUGUACGCCACCGAGGUCUGGGACCAGGCUGAGCAACUAUCUAAAGAGCAAAAAGACUUCUUCACAGAGUUGGACAAAGUUAUGGGACCUCUGAUUUUCAACACCAGCAGCAUGACAGAACUGGUGCGUUACACUCGGCAGGGCCUCCACUGGCUGCGCUUGGACGCAAAAGUUAGUCCCUAGCGAGGACUCACUCCCUGCAAGCUGCUUUUCCACACACCCACACCUCAGCCUCUUGUGUUCGGCAACAUCUGCUCAGAGACAGACACACAAGCGCACGCACGCAUGCCCUCAAAAAAGACAGACACACAAACACAACCCUCCUCUGGUCCUCCAUUUACACACACGUGUGAUGAACUUCUCAGACAUAUCUCCAACACUGUGUCCAUUUCCUACACCAGCUUGCCAAAAAACAAAAAAAAACAAAAAAACAAGACAAAAAUACCAACACUGAGCAAUUUAGAGCAUCUCUCACCUUCGACGGCACCACACAGGGAGAAGCAUCCAAACUGCAGCAGGAGUCAGAAGAGCUUAUCGCCUGGCUUCACACAUAUAUCGGCAUUCUUAAGAAAUCUUCGAAGGCCAUGUUUUUAAUCUCUUCAGCAUGGAAGCACUGGGUGAAUUAUUUAUUAUGAAUACACUAAAACUCUGCUUUGGUUUUUAGGCUACUUUGGCUUUGAACUUUUUAUUUGUCUUUGUUUCACCAAAGUACCUCCCAUGAACACCAAAGGUGCUUUAAAAAUGAAGGUUUCUCUUUAUCAUUUCUGUGCCUUGUAUGUCAGCUACAGGAAAAUAGUCACCGGUCAUAUCUGAUUCAAUUAUUUUCCUUUUCUUUUCACAGUUUUUACUUUUUUGUUUUUUUAACACUUAACAGUUGUUUCAGCAGUUAUUCUUGCAGCAUUUACUGGGUUUGUGUUUUUUUUUUUUGUUUUUUUUCUGUUGUUUUUUUUAUGUAUUUGCAAAGAUGGUGUUGGUCACCACAAAUUAAACCUUGAAGAAUCCCACUGAAGAUUUAAGUACUGAAGGAAGGGCUACUGUGCACAGCAGAUUUCGUGGGGCACACACAUAUUUAUUAAUGAUCCCUAAGGACAUCUGUUGAUCGGUGUACUUGGCUCAAAAAGUGCCAUUUCAUUUUUCAGAAUCAUGAAAUGUGAUUGCCCUUUCUAAUAAAUUAAACGCUUCACAUGGCCUCCAGGGGUCGCUAGCGGGAGACCUCAGCAAGAUUGAUGAUGGCAAACGUUGAGAUUUUCCGCCUCUUUGAAGCUUCACAAUUCGGGGUCUUUGUUUGAAAUGUUAUCCCACUCGUAGCGGCAUUGUUCAUUCAAAAAUUUCCUAGAGGACGAGCCGUUUCCAAAUCAGUGUUAUUCUUUUUUUCUAGGGAACAGCAGGGAGUGUUUAAGUAUUGAAGAUCAUGUCCACAUCCAAUGCAGUCACAGUACAUUUUAUAAAAACUGGGUCUGAGUUGCCGCUAAUUUGGCUGAACAGAAGCUAAUUUAUUUGAAGGGAAAUAUGUCGUCUGGGGAAUGGAACUCAUCAGCGAUGCAGAUGAUCAGUGUUGUAUUUAUACAGCAGAGUUUUAAAUCUAUGAUUAUAUAUUUCAAGAAAAAGUAUAAAAACCAAUAUAGAUUUUAUUUAUAUACCAACCAGUUUCUUUUUCUUCCUUCUAGCCAAGCAAAAGUAUAACAUGUCAGACGCAUAAAGCAGGGUUACAACAGAGGUUAUAAGAACAAGUAUUUGUAUAUGUUCCUAUUUAAAGUUGUCAAACUGUAAUCGCACUUGUAUUACAAGAUAGUAGCUGGCGCAGUAUGUUAACAUUGCGUUGAUUUUUAAGUUGGCAUUUGGAUUUUACAGUAAUUCACUUCUGAACAUGAACUGUCCAUUUUGGUUGUUUCAAGCCCACUUUCUAUCAAAAUAUGCUGGAAAUACUAAAGCCUGGACCAGAUGGCAUUCAUUUUGUUUUGGCUGGACAAGAACGUGCCAGAAAGAUCUAUAAUGCCUUUUUUAAUUUAUUUUUCCCCCUGCAUGUCAAGACUAAACAAAAUGCUGUUUGGCCCAGGUUUGACCCUUACUUUUUUUCUUGUUCUUUUCUUGUCAUUUUCUUUCUUUUACUGGCUCCCUGGCCUUUGUUUUAGGAAGGGAUACUGUUAUUUUCUCUUACACUUGAAAAAAAAAAAAAAGCAAGUCAUAGGAGGUAUUAUUUUAAUCUAUGCAGGAUUUUUACAAAAAAAGAAAAAACUGUUUCUGUGGAAAAAAUAAUUAUAUUUUUAUGUUUGGGAUUCCUCUGUCCCCCACUUUCUUUUUCCCACCUCAGUGAGAAACCUGUUGAACUCAAAUCCAAUGCCUUUAGCUAUUGCAAUUUUGUGUACUGGUUUAGUAUGCGAGCUUGGCUGUGUGUGUGUGUGCGUUCAUGUGCGGGUGCAUGGAUGUGUGUGUAUAGAUCUGAUUUUAUAACCAAACACAGAUGGCUUUAGCCAUUUUCUACUUAAAGCUGGAGGCCACUUUUCUCAUAGGAAUUCCUCUGUGGGUUUUGCCAGCCCAGUCAAUGUCUUCAUACACUGGUACACUUUGUAAGUAGAGGUCAGCGCCUUGUGUUCCCUACACUAUCUUGUACUCAAAUGUAAAAAAGAAAUGAAUUAAAAAAAAUAUCCUAAAACGAAAAAAAUAAAAAUUUAGCAUUAGAGAAAAUUUUUAACGAUUUGCUACUCAUACUUAUUUAUUUUUCUGCCCCUUUUGCUUAAUGUUUCUUUCCUAUUUUGCCUUUUUAAUGAGCACCGUUUUAUGAAAUAGGAAGGUGUAAAUGUAACGGGGUUGUUCAGGAUGAGAUUUCAUUGUAAUUAGUAAUUAAUAUUAAUUCUAACUUGAAAGAAUCCAGGGUAAGAUGAGGGUUUUUUUUGUUUUGUUUUUUUCAUUCAGUAGGAAAAUGUUAACACUUGCAUGUUUCUAUUUAAAUACAAAUGUAUAAAUUGUAAAUAUAACAUUUCUUUAAGGGUGAAUUUCUACUACAGGUUGACAUUUUUAUUAAAUUUAAAAAUGCUGUAAAUAUACUUGUGAGAUACUUUAUGCACAUUUUUUUUCCCUUUGGGAUUUUUUUUUCCUUCUUCCAAGUGGUUACAGAUUACACUCCUAGUCUGUUAACUCUGUAUAUCAAAUGCUUUCUCAGUCCUUUUUCUAACUGUGCUGGUAUUCUUUGUCUUCUGCUUCACUGUCUCAGUAUCACGGUCGCCGCAUAAUCAUUAACGUCUCUCGAUCCAAGUGCGAAUAUUUUGUCUUCUCUGUAUUUGAUAUGGAGCUGUGUACUUUUUCAUGAAGUGUAUAUUGUUGAUCUCAUGGGAUGGAUGGAUGGCAUGUGUACAGUCUGUUCUGUAAAACCAUGUCUGUUUCUUCCUCAGAGAGAGGUAUAUUUACUAUGUGUCCCUUUUGAACAAUUGGUCCAACAUGUCUUUUGAAACAGAGGUAUUUCUCUACACAUCAAAACCAGUUGUAGCAGUUUAUACAGUAAGUUGUAUAACACCUUUUUUUCUAGAAGUUGUCUCAGAGCCGAGACCAGCAGCAUACACUAUGUACAAUAAUCUAAAUUGGAUUAGUUUUAAGAGAACUGAUGAUAGAGAUACUAUAUAUGAUGGAUGCAAUAUGAUUAAAGGUACUCAUUGAAGUUUGAUCUUCAAACUUAGGUAAUGUAAUUUAAAAGCAUUCUUGUGAAGUGAGUAUUAAUUGUGACUAAUAAAAGUCUGUCCUGAAUAUUCUUUGUAUUUUGCCGUAUUGAGAAUAAAAUAUAUAUGGAUAUGUU